AUGACUGAGCUCGGUGAAUUUGGCCAAGUUGCCUACAUAACCUCAUUGAGGGAUCAAGCCACUUUUCCCACUAUUUUCCCUCUUCCCACCGCCGCCGCUCAUUCUCUUCUCUCCACCGCCGCGCCUUGUCUUCUCUCCACCGCCGCUCCUUCUCUUCACGGUGGCCCUCUCUUUCUCUCAGAGCGUUUUCUUCUCAUUUCUUUGUCAGAUCGAUCUUUAUUUCUUCUCAUUUUUUUCACCCUCUCCACAGCCACUCGCCCGCGCCUUCUCUUCUCUCCACCGCGCUCUUUCUCUUCUCUCCACCGCCGCUCAUUCUCUUCACGGCGACCUUCUCUUUCUCUCAAAAGUCACCCACACCUGCGGCCAUACCUCUAUUCGGCAGCUCCAUUUCAAACUUUCAGAUAUCUGGUUCUUGCUGAUUUGACUGUUGGGCAGUUUGUGUAUGUGGUCCGUAAGAGGAUAAAACUCGGUGCCGAGAAGGCCAUCUUUAUAUUUGUGAAGAACAUUUUGCCACCUACUGCUGCUAUGAUGUCUGCAAUCUACGAGGAACACAAGGACGAGGAUGGUUUUCUCUACAUGACAUACAGCGGAGAGAACACAUUUGGAUCAUUCUGAGUAAGUCAGGGUGAAAGUUUGUAAAUAAGACUUGAAACAAGCGCUAUGAAACUGCAUAUAUUAAUUGCUUUCGCUCCUGUUUACGCUUGUGCAACUCCGGGAAUUCUUAAAUUAUUUAAAUGUUUAAUUAUUAAUCA